AUGUCUAUAUGGAGACCUCUCUCCGUUCUCCCUCUCUUGUUUAUCUCUGCCAUCGCGCAGUUCUCUUUUGAAUUUUCAGGCCACCAUGACGUCAAACCCAAAGUGUCACUGUCGGCUGAUAUUCAUGACUUACCCAAUGUACUUGAUUUUUUCCCGGAACACAGAGAAGAUAUUCUGGGUGAUGAAGCUGCGGCUACGAAGGGUGGCAGAAAGAGAGAUUCAUCGUCUGUAAAAACUGAUUAUCUGGGAAAAUGGGAGUUGUUUUCCAGGAAUUCUGGUGUGUCGGCCAUGCAUGCCAUCUUGCUUCCCGUCAUAAACAAGGUGUUGAUGUAUGAUGCCACCAUUUGGAGAAUUUCCCAGAUCAAGUUGCCUCCUGGCAAGCGUUGUCAUAUUGUUAAACAGGCCACGGGCAAAAAAGAUUGCUGGGCUCAUGCCGUCUUGCUCGAUAUUAAUACCGCGGCUCUAAAGCCACUCAUGCUGGACACCGAUACGUGGUGCUCAUCGGGAGGUUUAUCGGUGAAUGGAACAUUGGUUGGAACCGGUGGUUUUCAAGGAGGAGCAAAUACAGUUAGAUACCUGGGAAUUUGCGACAACUGCGACUGGGUAGAAUAUCCAAAUGCACUCGCAGCUCCCAGAUGGUACUCAACACAAGCAACUUUAGGAGACGGUUCCUUUAUCGUCGUUGGUGGACGCGCCGCCAUGAGCUACGAGUUCAUUCCGGCGGAGGGAACCAAGAACACAAAAAUCUUCCAAUCCAAACUUCUUCAAGAAACCACCGACAAAUCCGAGAACAACCUCUAUCCAUUUGUCUAUCUCUCCACCGACGGCAACGUCUUUAUCUUCGCCAACGACCGUUCCAUACUCCUCAAUCCAAGGACCAACCAGGUCAUCAAACAGUACCCAGUUCUCCCCGGCGGCGCCCGCAACUACCCCGGCUCCGGCAUGUCCGCUCUCCUCCCCAUCAGGCUUUUCCAGCAGAACCCAGCAGUCAUCAACGCCGAAGUCUUGGUCUGUGGCGGUGCCCCUCACAACGCUUACGAGCUCGCCGGACAUAAAGUAUUCGGGCCGGCGUUGAGGGAUUGCGGCAGGAUAAGCAUCACCCACCAGAAUCCCAGGUGGAAGAUUGAGAUGAUGCCAACGCCUCGUGUAAUGGGUGACGCCAUGAUCCUCCCUAACGGAGACGUGUUGCUAUUGAACGGAGCCAAGCAGGGUAGCGCCGGCUGGCACUACGCCAAGGAGCCUAACCUGAACCCUGUAUUAUAUAUGACACACGCCAAACGUGGGUACAGAUUCCGGGAGCUGGCCGCAAGCAACAUUCCUCGCAUGUAUCAUUCUUCCUCCGUCCUCCUCCCUGACGGCCAAGUGCUGAUAGCCGGCAGCAACACCAAUGACGGCUACGUCUACAAUACGGAAUACCCAACGGAGAUGAGGGUGGAGAAAUUCUCGCCGCCCUACUUGGACCCAAAGCUCAGGAAACUUAGACCGGACAUCAUAAAGUUUUCCAUGCCGAAGCGCAUAUCGUACGGAAACAGGUUCCAUUUGCAGAUUCGUUCUCGGGAAUCCGAUGUAAGCAAGGAUAACAUAAUGAUUACAAUGUAUUCGCCAGCUUUCACGACGCACGGCAUCUCCAUGAACCAGAGGCUGCUGAUACUGGGACUCAGCGAUGUGCUCCCCAACAUUGUACCAAGGGUUCAUGGCAUCACCGCCGUGGCACCCCCCUCCGGUAACAUCGCUCCACCCGGGUACUACAUUCUGUUUGUUGUGUACCGCGGCGUACCCAGUGUUGGCGAGUGGGUUCAGAUCUUGUAG